CACACUCACACACACAUACUUACCUUUAGCUCCGAUUUGCCUCAUUUCAUAUUCAGGGUGUCUUAACAAGUAUGCAGAAUGGGAUGUGUGAUUUGAGGGGAGGCACCGUGCAAGACCAAAAAUAGCUCCCUCUUGAACAGGUGCGAAGGUGCUUGAAAUCUCACCGUUAUAAUCCAUUUUCUUUGGAGGCAGCGUGUUGCAGUUUCAAUCCCAACUACUCCAGUUUUCAUUGUGUACCGUCUUGAGCUGGGCUGCCGCUCCUCCUGCUAUGAUGCCUGGGCAGAUUCCAGACCCUUCCGUGACUGCGGGCUCUCUGCCAGGGCUCGGCCCCCUGACCGGACUCCCCAGCUCGGCCCUGACUGCGGAGGAGCUGAAAUACGCAGACAUCCGCAACAUUGGGGCCAUGAUCGCCCCCUUGCACUUCCUGGAGGUGAAACUGGGCAAGAGGCCCCAGCCCGUGAAAAGUGAGCUAGAUGAAGAAGAGGAGCGAAGGAAAAGGCGCCGGGAGAAGAACAAAGUGGCGGCAGCCCGAUGCCGGAACAAGAAGAAGGAGCGGACGGAGUUUCUGCAGCGGGAAUCUGAGCGACUGGAGCUCAUGAAUGCGGAGCUGAAGACCCAGAUUGAGGAGCUGAAGCAAGAGCGACAGCAGCUCAUUCUGAUGCUGAACCGGCAUCGCCCCACCUGCAUCGUCCGGACGGACAGCGUCAAGACCCCGGAAUCGGAAGGCAACCCGCUGUUGGAGCAGCUGGAGAAGAAGUGACCAUGGGCUGGGAGAAGGAAGAGGAGGAGGAGGAGGAGGAGGAGGAGGAUUUGGGAAGAGGGGGGAGGACGAGGGGUCCCAGAGGGCCCUUCCUUGCUGCACGACAAACUUUACAAUGAGGCUCAGCACAGCCAGUGCUGGCCGGGCUUUUUUGUGAAACUCCAAUCAGCCGCACAAGGGGAAGAAGGGGCUGACGAAACCUAGAAGGACCAAGCGCUGAGACCAAAGUAGACCCUCGGGUGGGGCUGUCCUGCCUGGGGCCCGGCUUGAAGGAGGCAGGACAGAGGCCCCCGGCUGGAGGGACGCCCAACCGAAUGGCCUGUCCACCAGGGCACCCACCGAGGGACCUCGGAGCAGCCAGGAAAAGCCAUGAGUUGCAAACCAAGUGCAGCUGGGGAUGGAACUGAGCGGAACUACGGCCUGCCUGUCCCCAGCCCUGUCCACCGCCCCUGAUGCGGGGCCCAGCCAUACCGCCCACCUGGGUCCAGCGCGCCCCGCCCGGGAGCGGCAGCCGGGGCGCACCCUCGCCGGCCCCGCUGGAGUCUGCUGUGGGCACGAGGCGCGGGCGCCCUUCCAAAGCACAUACUCACCGAAUGUUUACAGACUGGCUGUCCAGGCAGGGCUUUUCAACUGCACAUGUUUUUUAUACUUUCUUUUUUUUUUUUUUUUAAUAUUUUUUACAAAAAAAAAAGAUUUUA